AUGGCAGGUGUGAUCCGGGCCAACGGUGGUGAUAGUUGGUGUAUCUGCAUGUGGGCCUUUGCUCGCAUGAUCGAAGCGGUGGGGUGUGAAAACGUGCACCUGCGAUGCAAUGCCACUGAUCUGGACUUUGCCGAGACCGAGGGCUUUGCGGACCUCUUGCAGCUUUUUGCAGAUCAGCCCCCUGAUUGGGUGCAAAAGUACACAGGCUUGCCUCGGCGUGUGCAGAUCUUUCUGGUCAGGCUUUCCAUCGUACCUGCGCGUGCUGCGUACAAAGGGUUCGUCAACCCGCUGCGCCACUACAACGGUUUCGUCCUUGACAUCAAGGGCAGUGAGUCCGCAGAAGAGGUGAUCGCUGCUGUUGAGGAUUCCUUUCCGGAUGUGUUCGCAGUUGAACUAGCAUACAUGGCUGUUCUCCAAACGGUUGACAACACGCCUUUUGACCAGGGCUCGCAAGUGCAUGGCCUGGAUACGGACGUGCACCCCAGGAAGCUGAACUCAAAGGCGGACAUGCUGACAAUUCGGGCCGUGUAUUAUGAUGAUGAAGGAGUAGUCGCAGUGGUCCUGAGGUUGAGCCCUGGGCUGAACAACGAUCUCUACACCGAGGCGUUUAACAACAUGCACGCGCGAGACUUGUACAUCAUGCGGAAAAUACUACACGCGAAUGCUGUCAGGCUUGCACCCUGGGAUCCCAGCCAGGAUCAUUCUGCUUUUCUGCGCAUCUGCAAAAAGUAUGGAAUGUAUGUGAUCCCGACUUUCGACCUCGGGUACUUCUUGUCCACGGAAGCGAGGAGGACGGCCUUCAGUGAGAGGCAGUCCGAAGUGUGGAAAGGCUUUCAGAAGUUCGUGCAUCAGGCUCUCCUGGACACCGCAGAUUCUGAAGACCUUAUCCUGAUGUGGACGAUCAACUUUGGCCUCAACCUUAACGAGACAACGGAGGAAGGUCCCCGGUCGAUUUCAGUCCAGUCUGACAUCCGGGAUGAGUACUUCCAGAUGUUGCGCGUGAUCCGGUCGGCCCAGUGGCUCCAGGAGUGUGGGCCUGCGAAGAGCUCCUGCACUGGUGACCGCUUCAAACGGCCACUAGGCAUUCCACUUCUGCUUGACACCACCCUACGGCAAGACAACAUUGGUUGGUACCUCGGCUUCGCUGAAACUGUGUGGGGCACGUGGCCGGUAGACGAGCUCUCGCUGCGCAUUGAUGAGAAGACCUUCAAUCGUCUUCGGCCUCUAGGGGCCUUUGACGUCUGGAUUGCGCAGUCACAGCCUCCAACGAGUCGGCAGGGGCAGACAGAUUUGCAGCAGCAGUUGAAGUGGUUGAACGCCACAAUGCAAGAGAGCCACAAUGCCUUCACCUGGCACGACCUCUCAACGCAGACCCUGAAGAAUCCGUCGGGCGACGUGCUCGCAGGCUGCGACCCAGGCAUUGGAUGCACAUAUCCAACAAAGAAACUGGUGAUCACACAGUUUGGGUUUGCAGCUGAAGCUCCCAUGUAUGGCUCGGUAAACGAGGUUGUUGAUCCUGGCCUGCAGCAGCAAUUGACAGGUAGCUCCUCAGUGGGUCUUGAGGGUGCAAGCUCUGUGAGCCCAGUGAUGGAGAUGUUGGUUGCCCGGCAUCCGGACUUCUUCGAUGCCUUCUGGGCCUCCAAUCGUGGCUCCGUGUCCAAAGCCUCUCCCAUCCUGAACCUGUCAGAAGACAUCUUCGCAGGCUUCAACGUGCUUAUGCGCGGAGAGACUUCAAAGCAUGUCGACUGCCUGGAAUGGGAGAAGGGCAGAGAGGUUUCCUUCAAUUCCGCAUCGCUUUUCUUUACAAAAGUUGCCAGCGGCAAUGUCGGCGUCAUGCGAUCAAGGGAUUUGAAGGUUUUGACUGGAAGCUUGAACAUUGCCGACAGCUUCUCGUUCUAUUUCGCCUCGGUUGGCUUUUACUUGUACAACGUCGUGACGGACCUGUCUAUGAGGACUUAUGUGGUCAUCUUUGUGCUUCUCACGCUGUCCUCGAAAAGUCUUGAUGAUGUUGGCAAGCUGGAUUCUUUGCUAGCUGCUGAAUGGGUGAUUUCGUUUGGCACACUCGCAAUGUUCCCUCGCCUGAUGGAACUUACGCUAGAGUUUGGGGUCAUGGAGGGCAUCAUCCGCUUUUUGCCAUCUGUGCCAGGGGCUGUGCUUGUGUUCACUUUCAUGAACAAGUCCAUCGCCGAAGCGGUCGGCUCAACAAUGCAGACCGGUCUUGCUAACUACAUCUCCACAGGGAGACCUAUGGCAAACGAUCACUAUGGCUGGCGAGAUUGCUAUUUCUUCUACAGAGAAAGUCAUUACUACCCCGCUCUGCGCAUUCUGAUCAUGUACGCCGUCUACAGGUUCCUUGCAGAAACCUUCAACGUGGCAGCGCUGCCAAUGAUGAUUCUGCUGGCAACUGCACUGGUGUGGAUUGUUGGGCCGAUCCUCUUCUGCCCUCAGCCAACCCUUUGGUCCAUCCGGGACGACUUGUCAGAGUUAUGGUGCUUCAUAGUUGGGGCAUCCAACGCUGAUCGGCAGAUGGAUACCAAAGUGGUGAACCUCGAGGAGAAACUUGCAGCGAGCAAGGCAGACCCUCGAGCAAAUCUCUACGAUGUUUGGUUGUUUGACAAGCUGAAGCACAAGCGAGCUCCAGUAUAUGCGCGCAUGAUGGAGCUAUUGGUGGCGCUUUAUUUCUUUGUCGUCAUGCUUGCAGUUGUCUUUGGCACCAUGGUUGACCAGAUUCGUUCAGUCGUGUUGUUGAUUUUAGUGAACUACUUUAUUCUGGCCUUGUGGCGUGUCUUUGGCAAGCCAACAAUUCUCAUGAUGGUGUCCGGCGUGUUUUGGAUAUGUUCUGUGCCUGUGGUGCUGAACAGCCAGUCCCUAGGAGGACAAUACGGGACAUUGCUCGUGGCCUUCAUUCUAACGUUUCAGGGCUUGGCAGUCGUUGAAAAGUUGCUGCUGCUGUUGGCCUGGGCUGUGCUGCGUCCGGAUCCAAAUUGCGCCUCCAUGCCUGAGACCACUCCAGGCGAAUUGGCGCUGAAGAAAGAUGCAGCUCGAAAGGUCGAAGUGUAUGAUGCGCUCGUGGAAUACUUCUACCUGAAUUUCAUGUCGUACCAGUGGCACCUCUAUGUGUCGAUCAUGCUUCUGGUUGUAAACUUGAUCACGCAGCUCUUCGUGGCGAUCAUUGAGAUGCUGGGAGGGCUCCAGUCUUGGUGGUUGCUCGGUGGCAAGCUCAAGGGAGGUUGCUUCCGAGUGAAGAGGCCAGAGUAUAAGCCUCCGGGCAAUGACCAUGAUCCUCCGUCGGAGCGCCAAAGGCAGCUUUCGGCCUUCAAUCCAAGCUCGGUCUCAGAAGGCUUGAGAGCACGAGCGGUCAACGGCAUGCCGUAG